AUGGCUAUCUUAAUGACUUCUUCCGACACAGGUGCUCAACAAGAGCCACCUACCCCUGAGCGGGCCAGGAGUGUUGACUUCACCACUCGUCAUCCAGACCUCGGCUUGGGCUCCCUCAAAAGUGCCGAUAUCUUUGUGCCUGGAUUUAUGACUGUUCUGGAUAAUUAUCGAACUAUACUGCAGCAGGGAGGCAGUAUUGCGCUUGGCCGUGGGGAGACUUUGGCAAGCGUCCGCUUGGACAGAAGCCUCUCAGCUCUUUUCUCGACAGAAGCACCGGAGGUGAUACAAGGUCCAGCGAUCACCUGGACAGCACUCGUUCUUUCUGCUGGACCUCACUUUGACGGAGAAUCGCAGUUUAAAGUAGGAGAAAGCCUCGUCGAGGUCGUGGGCGAUGACCUGGAGCUUAUUCGCUCUGGUCGGCCUUGGCGAUUCCUGUCUCCUUGGCCAGACAGAGACGAUUGCGAAGCAGAACUGAGAGCGACUGAGAUGACUUUACACGAACUACUUGACACCGAGCAGCUAAUCUGUGAAGUUCUUGAGAAAUCCGCGUUCCUUGAGAACGAAUUGAGGAGUCGCCAGCGCCUAAUAGACCAACUUCGUUCAGGCGAGCAGCGCCCUACGCCUACCACAGCUAAUGCUGGCAGUGCAACUGUUCACAGUAAAGAUUCGUCUGAUUGUUCUUCUCACGAAGCCUUCGCGGUCACCGCCGUUAAUAAAGUUUGCCAAGCUAACUCAACAGGCACUGCAAGCGAUAUAUCUGGCCCAGGUGAGACCAGAAGUCAAAAAUCGAUAGACCUGGGUAGUCCACGCAUUCCAGGUGCAGCUAUGGCACCGGAGAGUGUGCAAGCAGGAGUCCCGCACUUGGACUUCAUUUUGAACCUCCACGAGUAA